UUUUUUGUCUUUUUUUUUUUUUUCCUUUUCCUCUUCUUUUCUGCUUCUUCUUUUUGUUUCCUUUUCCCACUUCAUCUUUAACUUCAAGCAGCCCUUCGCCGCCAAAAGAUUUCGUUCACCUUUCCGGCCCUUGUUUCCCCCGUUUCCGCGCGGCAUUGGCAAUUCUGGCGUCAACCUGAGUCCGCCACCGGCUUGGCUUUCCUCGCGUGUAAAGCAAAGAAACAGCAUCCAUCCAAAGCACAUUGACUACCUGAAUUCUUUGGCCGUAUUCCUCCCUGUAACUCAGGCGCUUCUGACACACCAGCAAGAUGGUGUACAUCCGGCAGGAACAACUGCCCAAGUUGCGCGAGUACCGUUAUGCAGGCAUCGAUCUGUCGCUUGUUAGCCGAUAUGUCCUCAAGCCGUUCUAUAAUGACUUUGUGAUCAAGUUCUUCCCCAUGAGCAUGGCUCCUAACGCCAUCACCCUGACUGGGUUCUUCUUCGUGGUAGUCAACUUCUUCACCAUCUUAUGGUACAACCCGACCCUAGACCAGGAUUGCCCGUCCUGGGUCUAUGCCAGUUGCGCCAUCGGGUUGUUCCUAUACCAGACGUUUGACGGCGUAGACGGCAUCCAAGCGCGGAGAACCAAGCAGAGCGGUCCUCUGGGUGAGCUGUUUGACCACAGUGUCGACGCGUGCAACACGGCUUUGGGUGUCUUGAUCUUCGCCGCUGCGAUGAACCUCGGCCAGUCUUGGGCAACUCUGUUGACCCUUUUCGGAUCUACCAUGACGUUCUAUGUUCAGACCUGGGAUGAAUAUUACACCCAGGUGCUGACCUUGGGAGUCAUUUCCGGUCCCGUUGAGGGAGUUCUCACACUCUGCGUUGUCUUUGGCUUUACGGCCUUUAUUGGCGGCGGCAGCUUCUGGCAUCGCUCCAUGCUCGAGACUAUUGGCGUCCCUAAGAUGGCCUUCCUGCCAGACAACAUCUACGACAUGGCCUUUACGCAAUGGUAUCUGGUCUACGGUGGAAUCCUCCUCUUCUUCGCCACCGGCUCUAGCAUUGUGCAUGUCAUGCAGGUGCGCUGCGAGCGUAAGCAGGACCCUAUCAAGCCUUUGUACGGUCUGCUUCCCCUUGUCGCGGUGUGGACUCUUGUGCCAGCCUAUCUCUACCUGCAGCCGACCAUCUUGGAGAACUACAUGGUUCCGUUCUGCCUGUACGUUGGCAUGAUCAAUGCCUACGCCGUGGGCAGGAUGAUCUGUGCGCACCUGGUCAAAGCCAGCUUCCCUUACUUCAACAUGCUUCUGAUUCCUCUUGCUUUGGCGGUGCUCGACAGCGCCGGGGCGACGUUUGGUUUUUGGUCCAGCCUGCUGGGCGAUGGCGAGAGGCAGGUUGCGUUUAUCUGGGUGUGCCUUGGUCUGUCUGUUGGUAUCUAUGGCAGCUUCGUGCAUGACAUCAUCACGACGAUAUGCGACUAUAUCGACAUCUGGUGCUUGACGAUCAAACACCCUCAUGUGGAGGUGGUAGCCGCUAACGGAGAGGCGAAGAAAUCGAACUAAUGCGGUCGCAAUCGAGGACGGUG